CAACGACAACAAUGUUCGACGUGAAAAAUAGUUUGUUUGCUUUCAAGAUUAAGAAAAUGUUGAUUGUUUAAUAAUGUAUUUACUGUGGCUCAAUCACACUGUGGAAACCUCGAUUUGAUUUAACAACAAAAACUACAUUUCUUUGGAGCGACUAUAAAACACCAAGGCCGCUUCACACCUCGAUUUUUAAGGAACGCGUCAGUAAUGCGUGCAAGCGUUAAGGUUUUACGACCUGAUCCAGCUUUUAAACAAAGAUAAAGCAGGCUAUUCUUUAAUUGCACUCGGGCUAUUAAUUCAAUUACGUCUGUAGAUGGUCGGAUUGUUAACUGUACUACCUGGCAUAAACCGCUGGCAUCGAGAAACAUCCACUUUGAUAGCUCGACUCGAAAUUCAAACAAAAUUCUGACAAGGACAGCAUUAAAAGCCAUCAUGGCUUAAGCGUUUUCUUUUUCAUGCGCACGAAAAUAGAUUACCUGGGUGAACUCGUUAUUAAACUAAUGGGUUUAAAUUCUGCCCAGGAGAUGAAUAGGGCGCACUGUUGCCAACUUCUUAUCCGGGAAUGGGAAAUCUUUCACCAUCCCGAGCAAUUUGCAUCAGAAGCAGUGCAUUAAUGAACAAGCACUUUUAGUUAGGCCUAAGAAAAGAUAGCGGAAACCGCAAAGAAAAAGAAUUUAAUAUAAAAGAUCCCAGAGAGGGAAAAAUGAAAGACAACGAAGAACCAGCGGACGCUAACACAUAUUUCGCUCGGCAAAGAAAGAAAAUGGCUUUGCGCAUCGCAAGGGCAAAGAAAUCCUGGAAACUUCCCAUAUUGCUCGUCACUCUUCUGGUUUUCCUUGCAACAUGCGCUGUGGUGUUUCAACAGCUUGAGAGCGAUAACGAUAAACAACUGUAUGAUAAAUAUCGCAAGAGAAAGGAGUUUUGGAUGCUGAAAUUUAACAUGAGCGAGGAUGACUUUUGCCGCUUCAUGCUUGACGCGACAGUUAUCAAUAAGAAAGGAUUUAGCGGAUCUUACAGGAAUUAUUGGGGAUUUUAUCAUUCCUUUUGGUUUACUAUAACAGUUAUAACAACUAUGGGUUUCGGUCAAAUUGUACCGGUGACAUUCUGUGGGCGUUUAUUCUGCAUCAUCUGUGCGUUAUUUGGGAUCCCGCUUAACGCCCUUGUCCUCAAGCUGGUCGGCGAGCGUAUCUCAAACAUCAUCAGCACUCUUAUAGUCAAGGUAGAAGCACGCUUCCUUCGCCGAACUCAGCAUAGGAAUACGGGAGUCAAGUGUGCUGUAAUAUCCUUCACUCUCAUGGUAAUAGUCAUAUGUAUAGGGGGAGCGCUGGAUCUCAUGUUCGACGGAUGGACUUUCUUCGAUGGCGUCUACUUCAAUUUCAUCGCGCUAAGCACCAUAGGAUUCGGAGACUUGUUUCCGAGGACUGAUAGUGCGAAGAAACUGGAUCGAUUAGGACUCGGAAACAACGGCAAGCGGAUCUUCGCGUCUUCGCUCAUGGUCGUGUACAUGAUCAUCGGACUAUCCGUGACCUCAUCAGUCAUUUGUUCAAUACUCAAAGCCAUCGAAGAGGCCUCGCAGAUAAAAGUGCAGUGGACCAGACGAGGGAGACUGGUGGAUGCUUUAUCGCAGCGCUUAACAAGCAAAAAGCAGCUUCGCGCCAGACCGCAAGUUCCCGCUUUACCCGCGGUCGAUGAUAAUGUACUGGCCGAGAACCCUGGGACUGCAGGCAUCAACCACACUGUCACAUGCUUCGAGAACUUUCUUGCGGAGGAGUCCGCUGAACAGAGUAUGCGCUCUAUAGACAGCUUUAAUAUUAGCCCACAUCAAGAAGAGUCUGAAGGUGUCUCUGACACUAAGAGACGUACGCCCCACAACACUAAGCUUUAGCAAAGGCUUAUGGGUAGAAAACCCUGACACUAAGAGACGUAUGCCCCACAACACUAAGCUUUAGCAAAGGCUUAUGGGUAGAAAACCCUGACACUAAGAGACGUACGCCCCACAACACUAAGCUUUGGCAAAGGCUUAUGGGUAGAAAACCCUGACACUAAGAGACGUACGCCCCACAACACUAAGGUUUGGCAAAGGCUUAUGGGUAGAAAACCCUGACACUAAAAGACGUACGCCCCACAACACUAAGCUUUUACAAAGGCUUAUGGGUAGAAAACCCUGACACUAAGAGACGUACGCCCCACAACACUAAGCUUUGGCAAAGGCUUAUGGGUAGAAAACCCUGACACUAAGAGACGUACGCCCCACAACACUAAGCUUUAGCAAAGGCUUAUGGGUAGAAAACCCUGACACUAAGAGACGACGCCCCACAACACCAAGCUUUAGCAAAGGCUUAUGGGUAGAAAACCCUGACACUAAAAGACGUACGCCUCACAACACUAAGCUUUAGCAAAGGCUUAUGGGUAGAAAACCCUGACACUAAAAGACGUACGCCUCACAACACUAAGCUUUAGCAAAGGCUUAUGGGUAGAAAACCCUGACACUAAGAGACGUAUGCCCCACAACACUAAGCUUUAGCAAAGGCUUUUAGGUAGGACUCCCUGACACUAAGGGCACGCUUUUUACUCGUAAUUCCGGAAUGUGAAUGAUUAGAAUAGAAAAAGCGUGUGUUAGUUGAUCCCGCGUUCCCUUUCCGGAAUGUAAUGAAUGCCAUUCCACCCAUUCUGCUACCUGUAGCAGAAUGACUAGAAUGCUAUUCUGAACAUUCUCUACCAACUAUUCUCAUUUCAGAAUGAUAUGAAAAAUACGUGCCCUAAGCUUUAACAAAGGCUUCAGGUGAACCUUAACUGUGCAAUGCAGGCUUGGGCCUAGAAAUAAAUACUGGUUGGGGCAGCACGAUGCAAAGACAUUAAGUAAACUGCGGGUGCUGCCAUGCCCCUACUUGUAUUUUUCAAACAAAUCAGCAUAACAAAGAAAGGUCUUGGUGCUAUGCAGAAAAUGACAAGAACCCUCUGGAUUUGAGAAUUUUGCAAAUUAAAACUGUUAUUGUUGUA